AUGGCUGUUGCUGUAGCUGGGACGAAAAGGCCCUUCGCCGCUAUGAGCGACGACAGCCCAGUGAGCAGUGGCUGUUCUACGCCAAGGGCGCCACAUGUUCCCCGAGAUAUGGGCUCGCAUUUGCACAGUAUUAUCGAUGCAGAUGCUAUGGUGAACUCAAGCGUCCGCUCCACGCCUCGAGAGACGCCGGUGCCAUUUCCUCCUCCGGGUGAACUCCGCCGUUCAUUUGAAGCCGAUGCGUCCAUUGUGCUGAUUGGUAUGCGUGGCACUGGAAAGUCCACCCUAGCUGUUAUCGCGUCCAUGGCGUGCCGCAGGCGUGUUAUUGAUAUCGAUGAUCUGUUCCAAGAAGCGACUGGCUUCUCUACUGCCAAGUAUCGCAAGCAAUUCGGGGCUCCCAACCAUAACUUACGACAAGAAGAGUUGUUACGGACCGCGCUACGUGUGCACAGCAAGCACUCAAUCAUCGUCUGCAAUGGGGGAUCCUUAGAAAGAAACGGUCAAUUGCUGAUGCAAGAGUUCGCCAGGACGCACCCAGUCAUUCAUGUCGUACGAGAUCUUCGCAGUCUACAUGAGUACCUGGGUGGAGUAGGACUCCAACGACUCAAAGAUAUGGUUGCAUUUAGCGCGCCAAUUCUUCGCCGCUGCUCAAACUUCGAAUUCUACAACCUCCCGGAGACAAACGUGUCCCGCUCUGCUGUACCUACAGAACAACCGGCAGCCCCAGCAUUUCUCACUCUCAAGCGAGCUCAAAGAACAUUUCUCAAAUUUCUAUCACUGAUCAUGUCCUGCAAUGUUUCUGAUGGUCCAGUACGACAUGCCAUUCCUUCGCCAGAAGCUGGCUAUCCGCUUUCAGGUGUGCCAACCGAGCUCAGGAAACAUACCUUUGUAGUUCAAGCACCGCUAGCUGAUCUGAUGAAGGAAGAAGUUGAUAUACAGGAUCUUGAGUGUGGAUCGGAUGCCUUUGAGGUCAUCGUUGACCCUGAUGUACAUCAACAACAACUGGAGUCCGACCGAGCGGACGACAUUGGCAAGUGCAUAUCCAAAAUUCGAAGGAGUACCGUUAUUCCGGUCAUAUAUCACGUACUUCCCGUUUCGACCGAUGAUUCACGCCGAGCUUCGUAUCUUGAACAUCUACAUCACGGCCUGCGGAUGGCGCCUGAUUUUGCAACUCUUGACCUAUCGUUGGAAUCGGAUACGCUCGCAGAAGUGAUGCAAUCAAGAGGCAGUACCAAAAUCAUUGGACAUUUACAUAGCGACAAGCCUUGGGAUGACGCAUCUUGGGUUGCGUGUUACGAGGCUGCUGUGCACCUUGGUUGCAGUGUCGUUCGUUUCACUCGCCCAGCCAUGUCGACAUACGACGACGCUGCUACCCAAGACUUGAGGUUGAGGAUCGGCACUAGCAAUAGUCCCAUACCUCUUGUGUGCUACGACAGUGGGCGAGCCGGCCGUCAUUCUGCAUGCCUCAAUCAAUACCUCACCCCCGUUACGCCGGAUUCGUGGAGGGAGAAGGCCGAUUUUGCGACUCGAGCGGAACACAAUCCCGAAAUCUCGUGGCUAACAGCUCGAGAAAUUACACGGGCUUUAUAUGCGACUUUCAUCUAUGAUUCGAUGGAUAUCCAUCUUGUCGGUGCACGCCUUGCAAACACUGUAACACCAGACAUGCACAAUGCUGGUUACGCGGUUUGUGGUAUGCCUCAUCGUCUCCUGCGGGCUCAGACGUCUUCCCUGAACAGCCUGCAGGAGCUUGUCCGCAAUCCAAACUUUGGAGGCUGUAUCGUCAUCCAGCCUUUCAAAGUUGAAGUCAUUUCACUCGCCGACUCGCUCAGUAGCCACGCUCGAGCUAUCGGUGCAGUAAAUACGCUCAUACCUGUCCGUCACCUCAAGGAAGAUGGCAGUGUGCCUGGCGAUGUCGAGCUCUUUCGAGAACGCUGCCAAUCUGGUCCUAUUCAAGCGCUAUAUGGGGACAACACCGAAUGGAUUGGUCUAUGGGCUUGCGUACGGCGAGGACUAUCACCAGCGAAUGCCGUCGGACCUGCGACGUGCGGACUGGUGAUUGGAGCUGGUGGCAUGGCCAGAGCAGCCGUGUACGCGCUGUUGCAGCUGGGAGUGAGAAACAUUGUCAUCUUCAACCGAACUCUCGACAAGGCAGAGAAGAUAGCUGCCCACUAUACUCGCCUUGUCUCGUCUUCAACAGGAGCAACGCUGAUGCCGUCCUUCGGGCGGCAAGGACCUCAACCCACUUUCCACAUACUAAAGAGCCGAGAGGAUGUCUGGCCAGACAGAUUCCGCCAACCUACGAUAAUCAUCUCAUGCAUACCCGCUGACCCCAUAGAUGGCGGCCCCGCUACACAGUUUACGCUGCCGCCACAGUGGAUGCAGAGUGCUACGGGAGGAGUUGUCAUGGAGAUUGAGUACAGGACGCUCAACACGCCUCUGAUGCAACAAGUGCGGGAUGAAACUUCGCGGUUGUGGACGUAUAUGGAUGGGUUGGACUUUUUGCCCGAGCAGGCGUUUGCUCAGUUUGAGCUGUUCACGGGGAAGCGGGCGCCGCGGCGGGUUAUGCGCGAAGAGGUGCUACGGGCUUGGAGAGACGAGCAUGGGAAGGCUGAUGCGGAGAUGGUGGAGAGACGGUUGAAGGCGAUUGAGCAUCAGGAGCUGUGA